AUAAGACUUAGUUAAACUAUACAUAUGCUAUAAACUGAAUGAAUUUCUAUCAAUGGCAAUGUUUCCGUAUCAACUAAAUAUGGUUUGUCUGAGUUUUCAAGUAUUUUUACGUCGCCAGAAAGUUAAACUACAGAAAAUGAGCAAAACAUGCAGGAACCAAAUAACGAUCUAAGAGGAGAUACAUAAUUAUUGUCUCGAGACUUAAUGUAUAUGUGGCCACUCUCCUGGAAUCCUGAACUCGCAGAUCUUCAUAAAAAAAGACUUGCAGAGCAAUCAACCCAUUCGAGAAAUUGUCUGCUUAUAACCACGGAUGAUUAAAGACUCUUGAUCUUUAUCAAGUAAUUGAACAACCCUCAAAGAGGAUAUAUGGAUACUACAGUUCUACAACAGUUCUAGAACAGUCCUCAUAUUGAAAAAACAACUCUUGACAAAAUACAGUAAUGUUUGAGAACAUCAAUAAGUUUUCUCCCCCUCAGAAAUAACCCUAAGCAAAACAGUUUUUUGAAUUUGAGAAAAAUUGUUUGAGAAGAUUUUGAAUAACUCUUAUAUCAAGUAUGGCAACAAAUAUCAAGGAUGAACCUAUGGAGGUAGAGCAAGUGGAGGCAAGGAUACUUGAGUUGUGCCUUGGAAGUGUCAAAGGUGUAACAGACCAACAGUUACAGACACUAAUCCCAAACAUUUCUCCAACACAAAGAGUGACAGCCGUCAACAAACUUUUACAAAAUGGCAAGAUAGAUCUGAUGAAGAGUGGAUCUCAGCUUGUUUACAAAGUAAAAGACCCUGACUCUACCAGCAAAGUGAAGGGAGGAGACAACCAGGAGAAACUGGUCUACCAAAUAAUUGAAGAAUCAGGAAACAAAGGAAUCUGGAUCAGAGACAUAAGAUGGAAGUCUAACCUAUUGCUGACCCAAGUGAACAAGAUCUUGAAGAGCCUGGAGAGCAAGAAACUUAUUAAGGCAGUUAAAUCAGUUGCAGCAUCCAAAAAGAAAGUGUACAUGCUGUUCAACUUGGAGCCUGACAGAUCAGUUACAGGGGGAGCAUGGUACAGUGACCAGGACUUUGAGGCAGAAUUUGUUGACAUCCUUAAUCAGCAGUGCUUCAAAUUCCUUGAGCAAAGGCUGGAGCUUGCCGCUGACAUGAAUGUUGACCCAGCUGCUAGGAUGAAUAAGGCAUAUGCCACGUCACUUGACAUCACCAAGUAUAUCUCAGAGUUAGGGAUUAGCAAGGUUGAAUUAUCUGUAGAGGACAUAGAGACUAUCCUCAAUACUUUAAUUUAUGAUGGUAAAGUUGAGCACACAAUAAUGGCCACCGCAACUGGGCAGAAAAAGCUGUAUAGGGCCAUGAGACAAAUAACACAAUCAACAGGGUUGAUGAGGACCCCAUGUGGGGUAUGCCCAGUGUUUAAAGACUGCAAAGAGGGAGGUAUCGUGUCGCCAUCUACCUGUGUUUAUAUGAAAGACUGGUUAGACAUUAACUUUUGACAUCACUAAGAGACUAAAUAAAUGACAAGUUAAAAUGUUUAGGAAUGGCU